GUUUUACGCCUUCUUUGCUUUCUUUCAAUUUGUUCAGCUACUAUUGCUUUUGGAUCUCUCCACGAUUUAAAUCUUCCUCUAUCCUUCAUACUGGAACAAUGUCCGACGGUGUACCCCCCGAAAUCAGAGCCUUUAUUGAUAGCCAGCUCUCCGAACUCAAGGGCCAAGUCCAAUCAAAGGAUGAGGAUCUUGCUCAACUUCGAAGUCAACUCGCUGAGAUGAAGGUGGAAAAGAAGUCGAAACCUUCGUCAUCGUCUCGAAAGGUAACCACCACCACCUCAGAGGAGACUGUGCUUCGCUCCAAAGCCUCAACUUCAAGAACUUCAAAGAAUUCAGCUGAAACACCGGUAAAAUCAUCAUCUCAAAGCCGUUCCACACCCGUUCGAUCUAGAUCAACACCCGUACAAAGUGCAUCAAAAUCGAAAUCAAGCAAGACAGUGAAACCUCCGACUCCAAAGCGACAUCCCUGCCAGAUUCAGGAAAGGGAACUUCCACCUGGAUUCAAAGGUGUCAAGGAUGCUCUCUUUCUAACUAUCCGAGUGCUCUGGGGAAUGACUGAACGAGGAGCGGUUCCGCAGGCGCCAGAUCGCAAAACUUUGAAGGAGUUCUAUGCUCGGUUCAACUCUGCAGCCGAGAUCGAAUGCGCCGCCGAUAAUAUGGGUGCACUUGCCCUCAUAGCGCAAGAAGAAAUCACCACUCUGAAGGACGCUCGACUUCGACAGAAGGCUGCUCGAGGAACACUUCAGCUGCAAGAAAUCCACAUUAUGUUCAUCCACGCGACUCUUGCUAAGCUUGGUCUACGGCGCUGGUCUCCUGACUUAACCGAAUCAACUGACUCCCUCCUCAACUGUGCCUGUCGCAUCAGUGCGAUCUCGGCCUUUCGUCAAGUCGCUGCUGGUGCAGCUUUCGACAGCAUGAACUUGGAUAAGGACUAUAUCAAUGAUGUCCCUCGCUUGAUUCGAGUCUAUGAUCACUAUGUACAUUUCCUCAUGGCCACUCGAUUCAACCGAGAACAGAAGAAGGCAGGAGCGUUUGCGGAAGAAGCGGCACGGAAAUCUGCACAAACAGGACGAAAACGUCUUCGAGACCAUCGCUUGAAUUUUGCACGCGACAUGAAAUACCCCGACCGGUACAUCGAAAUCUUGUCCGAUAUUGCAGCUCAUAGUGAUGACGAGCCCAGCAAAGACGAUAGCUUUUGGAUAGUCAAGAAAGUUUCGGAUCUCUCUCGAAGUCGUCCAAUUUUCAAAUCCCUUACUUCCUUCCUCGUACAAUAACACAAUGCACAAAAGUACGUAUGCGAAUGAGACGCAAAACCGGCGACCUUGUGAGCAGCCACUCUAUCCGCAAUCAAAGGAAGGAUCUUGGCUUGAACUACUCGUCCUUUUGGAUACUGAUGCGUACAUAUCAUUGUGCCUUCUUCAAGUGUCAAGAGUUCUUCGAUGAAGGGGUCGAGGACAUGACUAAUGGUGAUGUUGCUCGGUUCGUGAGGCCCAGGGAUUAUACCGGCGAUGCAAGUGUUUGAUAAGGUCCAUCGACUUUGUGUUGGAAGAUUGAGGCAAUUGAGAGCUUCGAGGCCAAUCGAAGCUUUCUUUCCGGCGAUUUUAUUACCCCAAGGAUUGAACCAAUCAAUGAAAACAC